AUGAUAGUAAACGCGAGGAGACUUGUCGUCAGGAGGAGGGUUGCGAGGCACGUAAGUCCCUUUUGGAUCCAUGAGGGAUUGCCGCCUUUCGACUUGGUGAUUCUAGGGAAGAGGAAGAAGAUAGUGAUGAAUGUAGCUGAGGAUGGCGGUAUCGUGGACGAUGGCUUUGGGGACGAGGGAUGUUGCGGUGUGCGCCAGGUGGAGGUGGGGAUUGGACAUGCUGGGUGUGUGUGGGUUGAUGUAAUGGAUGGGUAUGGAUGGGGGUGGUUGGGUGUAGGUCCUGUCAGGACCGGUGCACCAGUUGGAGCUUCCGGUGUUGGAUGGUGGAUAAAUAGGAAGAAGAUGGCUGAUCUGAAGGCAAGAGGCUAUAAGAUGUUUGUUGUGCAUUAG